GUCUUUAGACAUGCCCUACCGCAUAUCAGACAGAAAUGAUCCGGUAUAAGUUUUCUCCCUAUCUCAUAUCUUGUAUAUGCUUUACCACAACACUGGUACCCCAUGUUGAGCUAUUGUUUGUUUAACCCGGGAGCGGGUAAAAUGUGAUCCGAUCCACAAUUUGGAAGCAAUUAAACGAUUAAAAGAUAAUUGUUUGUUCCGGAAAGGUGUAUUCAAAAUGCAUAUAGUUCUUUUGGGAAACUCAGAAAGUGAGGUCUACUUCUUUUCAUGACUAUCCCAAAGAAGCGUUUUAAAGAAUAAAGAGAAAAAUAAUAAUAAUAAAAUGGAUGUUUAAUUGUGCUGUAUAAAGCAUAUCUCUGAUUUUGUGGAAUAUACUUAACAGUUUUUGCGUGCAUUUAUAAAGUUAUUUUUCGUAUUAAGAAAUAUUCAUUGGAAUAUAAUGUGACAUUUAAAAAGAGGCACUUGUGAUUAUAUUAUUCUUAUAAAAACAAGUGUUUAUUUUUAUGUUAAACAAGAUACAUAUUUUUAAAGUGACAUUUUCAGUUAAAUUAUAUAAAAUGUUUUCAACGAAUCCAUAUUUACCAAACGCGAGAUCAAGCUCAUUUUUGAUACGCGAUAUUCUCGGAUCAGAAGCUGCUCUUCAAUCGGCAGGGGACAAGUAUGGGACCUUUGAACAGACCCUAGGAUCGAGUCUAGGUCACGGACAAGUGAUGACUGGUACAGGAUAUGUGGGCUCGAAAGAGUUUGCAUAUUAUCAAUCUUCAAUUGGUUAUCAAGAUAUGAAAAGAGGAUAUUCAGUGGAUAACAUUCUGGAAAGCAGUAGUUCUAAAGAUGGCGGAAUUGCUAUUCCCAUUCCACUUCCGGUCUAUAUUAGGACGCGUUCACCACAAGGUUCUGACAGUUUUGGGAAACCGAAAAAAUGUCGCAGAAGUCGCACCGUAUUUACUGAUUUACAACUUAUGGCUCUAGAAAAAAGGUUUGAGACACAGAAAUACCUCUCCACCCCUGACCGCUUAGAGGUAGCAGAAGGCUUGGGGCUAACCCAACUUCAAGUGAAGACUUGGUACCAGAACAGGAGAAUGAAGUGGAAAAAACAAGUUUUACAAGACGGAUGUACAGAAUCGCCGACCAAACCAAAAGGUCGACCAAGAAAAGAGACAUCAGCCAUCGAAAACAAUGCACAAGACCCUACUAAUGUUGGUGAAACAUGUGUAGACGUUGAACAAUUAAAUGACAAUGAAAGUGAUGAUGAUGACGACGAUAAAAUAGUUAAUGAUAAUAACAGUGGAAAUUAUGUUAAUAAAAGCCGAGAAUAUUUGAGGCAUUAUCCGUUCAAUGUGUGCUCCUCCUCGUCAUCUUUAACAUAAUGUUAACUGUGUGAACAAUUCAAUAUUCAUGAAUAUAAAUGGAAUAACUUUUCGUAUCUAAAAUGUGUUAUUUGCAAAUUUCCGACUUUUGAAGUCUACGUUUUAAUGUAUACACGAAUUACGUUGCCAUGUUUUCUUUAGCCUUUGAACUUAUCUUUUAAUACUGACUUUAAAAUCGAUGGAAUUAGUAAGUAUUAGAGAUGAAGAUAACAAAUAGAUGGAGAUAAGCAGCUCCUAUAUAUUCCAUUGUAAUAUCACUAAUGCCUAUAAAAGUGCAAAAAGUAGACAUUUUGUUGCAAAUAAAACUUAAUGGAUGUAUAUUUAAUCCUUUUAUAUUAUACACCAUUUGAAAGUGAAAUCUUUUAUCUAUUGCUGCAUGGUGAAAUAUUGGUAACUUUCCAUACCACUCACAUGGAAAAACAUAGCAGAACAUACCCACUGAGCCAGUUUUUUUCGUCAUAUGUAGUUCUCUACCAUUUAUUUAAAUGGGAACUGCAGAUG